AUGUAUAGUAAAUUUAAAAUCGGUAUUUUUUAAAAUUAUAGUGAAAAUUUUGUUAGUUAUUGAGUACGUUUGAUUCAGAUUAUAUAAUAUUAGUUAGUAAAAAAAAUUAUUGUUGGCGGGUCUGAUUAUUUCAAGCCUCUUGAAGUAUGCAAUAAAGUAUUUUUCUGUCACGUGGUUGGACAUAUGUCGAUUUUCAAAUAUGUCAGAUGACCGUUAAAGUUAAUUUGUGAAUAUAGGUGAAAAACAGAAAAUGUAAGAGAGCAAUGAAUGAAACUUCAUUUUUUUCAUGUUUUUGAACUAUUUCAUACACCGAAGUUUCAAUAUUUUAAGUUUUGUUUACGUAAGUUUGUAAUUCCUUGGUUUUAAGUUAGGUUACUUUUUAAAUGGAAGAAGCGGCGAUUGAUUCGCCAAAUUCACGUCUAAAUGAUAAUGACCAAAUUAAUGAAACAGACGACGAAAAUUCUUGUACAAAUUACAAUGAUUCAGAAAGUGAACGUGAGAUUUUAUAUGGGGAAUGUACCCCACAACAAGCAUCAACCAACAGACAGAUCAAUAAUUCUAUCUUUAACACCAUAUCUAAAAUUGUUAAUCCCACAGCAAAGGUACCAGAAAUUCAAGAUUUUAAAAUUGUGAAACCAAUAAGUCGAGGUGCGUUUGGCAAAGUUUUUCUUGGAUAUAAAAAAUCAAAUCCUGAGAAAGUAUAUGCUAUUAAAGUAAUGAAGAAAAAUGAGAUGAUAAACAAGAAUAUGGCUUCACAAGUGAUCAUUGAGAGGAAUGCAUUAGCUUUAACACAUAGUCCAUAUUGUGUACAAUUGUUUUAUUCAUUGCAAUCUGUUAGUAGCGUUUAUUUAGUAAUGGAAUACAUGGUAGGUGGGGAUCUUAAAAGCUUGCUUGGUGUAUAUGGUUACAUGGAAGAGUCCAUGGCAUCUUUUUAUACUGCAGAAGUAUGCCUUGCUUUGGAAUAUCUUCAUUCUCAUGGAAUUGUACAUAGGGAUUUGAAACCAGAUAAUAUGCUUUUGUCAAAAGAAGGACAUGUCAAGCUGACUGAUUUUGGGCUUAGUAAAAUAUCUUUGCACAGAGAUCUUGAAAUAUCAGAUUUAGUUAAUUGUACACCCAGUCUUUGCACUAGAACUCCUGGACAACUUCUUUCAUUGACAUCGCAUUUAUCUUUUGGUUCUGGACAAAGGUCCACAAGUGAAUCAAAUCUUAGCGAUAAAAGUACACCUGGUGUUAAUUUACUUUCUGCUUUACAACAAAAUUGUACUAGAAUGCAGUCAUCACCGAAUUCGGUAAUUUCCUCCUUUGCUACAUCAGGAGAUUAUUCCCGAGUAUCUGGUGUUACUCCUUUCCAAUCAGCAGAAGAUCUUCAUUUAACCGAACGUGUCGCCGCUAAGAAUACAGACGAAGACCAAGAAAGUAGUUCUGGAAGUUAUCAUACAUGUGAAGUGUCUUCAGCAAAUAGCCAAAUUAAUCAAAAUUUGGAAGAGGAGGAUGAAUCGACGUUAGAGGCUGAACAAUCUCAACCUCUUCCUCAUACUAGCCCACUGAGUACGUGUAUGAGUACCAGAUGCGCGAAACGAAAAAGAGGUGCAACAGGAGCUACAACUGGUCUAACAUGUGAAUUAAAUGCAUUGGAUUUGCAAUUUGACAAAACACCAAAACGAAAGAAUCGUGGUUGCAUAUUUUCUAGGAGUCCAAUCAAUUCUAAUAUCUCCGAAUCGUUAAAACAACCGAAUAUCAGCGCUGAUAUUACUAGGAUACAAGAAAGUGGAAGAGUUGCAUUCAGUACACCAGUGUCGUUUACAAAACAGAGAUGUUAUAGUGAAGAGGAUGAAGAGAAACGCGAGGAAGGAAGCGUACAUUUGAUCAAGACGACACGAUUUCAACUUCCACCAGCUCUCACGUCAUAUUCGGCUCCCGAGAUAUCUAUAGGCGAUAUUUCGGAUAAACACCGAUCACCACAAGAUAUAUCGCCUAUAAAAACACCAGCGAGUUCUAGUAAUUGUUACACACCUUAUAGAACUCCAAAAUCGGUAAGAAGAGCUGGUAAUAAUCGAUCAGAUGACCGCAUACUUGGAACACCUGAUUAUCUCGCUCCAGAAUUACUUUUGAAACAAGGUCAUGGAUGUGCAGUGGAUUGGUGGGCAUUAGGCGUAUGCCUGUUCGAGUUUUGCACCGGUGUUCCCCCGUUUAAUGAUGAAACACCACAGGCUGUGUUCUCCAAUAUUCUCGCCAGAGACAUUCCUUGGCCAGAGGAAGAAGAAGCUUUGUCAAUGACUGCUGUAAAAGCCAUAGAUACGCUUCUUACUCUGGAUCAGUAUAAACGUCCUUCUGCGCAAGAAGUGCGAGCUAUGAAACUUUUCCAAGAUUUUCCCUGGAACGAGCCGCUGAAAGCAGUGCCGCCUUUUAUACCGCAACCUGAUGAUAAUUAUGAUACAUGCUAUUUUCAAGUGUCUUACUUUCUCUCAAGGAGCCCCAGCCAAUAACUGUACCAGUUCUUCCAGCGUACAGCUGCGAGCCACUCGGCAGGCAGAUGGGUCGAAUUUGUUGCGUGAAUGGAACAGGUUCACUGAGGGUGAGAAGUGCGAUAUCGUUAUAUAGGAUACUGAGCCAAUACACAAAAAUAUCAAAUACGCAUAAAUUUUAUUUAUCGGUAAAAUAUGUCUUCCCUUUGAAGAGUUAUCUGUUGUUAAUUGUAAAGGAAGAUUAUCAAAAUAAGACUAUGAUCUUAAAUUAUUAA